AUGGACAGCGGCAGCGAUCAGGCACCAGCCUACGGCCGAGCCCGGGGCCGCUCGCGUGGCCGCCUGCGCUCUGUGCCGCCCAGCCCGGCGGCCAGCAUGUUCGGGGACCCCCACUCUCCCAUGAUGUCGCCCAGCCCGUCAUCCAGCAUGUUCGGUCAGGUGCAGUCCCCCAUGCUGGCCAGCCCGGCGUCCAGCAUGUACGGGUACUCGCAGCACGUCAUGCCACAGAGCAGCAUGUUUGGACAGCCGCAGCACGUCCUGCCCUCCCAGGUGGCCAUGGCCAGUGCCAUGGCGCCUCCGCCUCCUCCAACGCUGAUUUCUCCGGUGCCAACAACUCCGGUGAUGACUUCGCCCGCUCCGUCCUCGCUUUCGUCGCAGGUUGGCAGCCUGACGGCUUCCUUCGACCAGAUGUCUGUCAGUGAUGCCACAACGGCCAGCCCAAAGGUGUUCACCCAUCCCCAGCAAUUUGAGAAUGUUGUGACCACCACGGGUGCGGCUGCCAUGGUCGCGGCCGUCGCUGUGGGCCGUGGCGCCCACCGGGGCCGCCGGGACGAGAUGGCGGUGCUGGCCACUCGGCCCAAGCACAUGACGGACAAGACUGGCAUGACGGGCACACCCAUCAGGGUGGUGGCCAACUACUUCCGGCUGCUGUCGCUGCCCCAGUGGUGCGUCAACCAGUACCACGUGGACUUCCUGCCGCUGGUGGAGUCCAGCCGCAUCCGCCGGGCACUCAUCAAUGACCACCGCGAGCAGUUUGGCCGGUGCUUCGUGUUUGACGGCAUGUCGGACCUGAAGACCCCCAGACGUAUGCCGCACGACAUCACCGAGCUCUUCUCGCAGCGACGUACAGACGGCGCCACCAUCACAAUCAAGAUCAAGUGGGUGCAGGAGCUGGCCCCAACCAACCCGGACCUGCUGCGCCUGUUCAACACGCAGAUGCGGCGAAAUCUCGAGCUCUUGGACUUUGUGCAGAUCAAUCGGCACUACUUUGACAAGCGCGCCGUGUCGGCGAUUCCGCAGCACGGCCUCGAGCUGUGGCAGGGCCUCAUCACCGCCAUUGGCCAGUACGAAACUGGAGUGAUGAUGGUCACGGACACCGUGCACAAGGUGCUUCGGCGCGACAGCGUGCUGGACCUGCUGUCGCACGUUUCGUCUGGCCCCUACUACCGAGAGGAGGCCAUGAAGCGGGUGGCCGGCUGCAUCGUGAUGACGCCGUACAACAACAAGACAUACCGCGUCGACGACAUUGACUGGGACAAGUCGCCGCUGAGCAUCUUCGACACCAAAGAAGGGCCCAAGUCGUACAUCCAGUACUAUGAGGACCAGUAUGAAAAGCGCAUCCGGGACGCUAAGCAGCCGCUGCUGGUGUGCCGUCCGAAGGAGAAGGACCUGCGUGCUGGCCGCACCGAGAACAUCUACCUGGUGCCUGAGCUGUGCGUCCUCACUGGUCUGACUGACGAGAUGCGUGCCAACGUAUCCGUGAUGCGAGACUUGGCCCAGCACACUCGCAUCGACCCGCCGAGGCGUGUGCGCAACUUGCUCGAGUUCAUCGAGCGCAUCAACGGCAACGACACCAUCCGCGCCGAGAUGGAGCAGUGGGGGCUGAAGUUCGACAGCGCCCUGGUGACCAUCGAUGCGCGCACCCUGCCCCCCGAGAAGGUUAUGCAGGGCCAGCAGGUGUACCGCUACAGCCCCAGCACGGCCGACUUCUCGCGUGAGAUGCGCGACAAGCGGCUGCACGUGGCGGUCGCCAUCGACACGUGGCUCGUGGUGUGCCCCAAGCGUGACGAGGCCAACGUGACGGAGUUCGUGCGCACCCUGAUGAGCGUGUGCCCGCCCAUGGGCCUGCAGAUGGGCCAGCCCCAGAUGCUGCAGCUGGACGACGACCGGGCGGGCAACUAUGUGCGUGCCCUGCACGACAUUGGCGGCUCGGGGAACCUGCAGCUGGCGCUGAUUGUGGUGCCCAACAACCGCAAGGACCGCUACGACAUGAUCAAGAAGCAGGCCUGCGUGGACCUUGGCAUACACACCCAGGUGAUCCUCUCUCGCACCAUCGGGAACCGCAAGAACGUGCGCUCGGUCGCCACCAAGGUGGCCAUUCAGCUGAACUGCAAGCUGGGCGGCGAGGCCUGGUGCUUGGAGAUCCCGCUGUCCAACACGAUGGUGAUCGGCUACGAUACGUACCACGACGCCGGCUCGCGCAACCGGUCGGCGGGUGCCUUCGUCGCCAGCAUGAACCGCACGUUCACGCGCUGGUACUCGCGCGUCUCCUUCCACGCCUCGCACCAGGAGCUUGGCAGCAUGCUGGCCCAGCACCUGCAGGACUCCCUGCGCAAGUACGCCCAGGAAAAUCACGGUGCUUCUCCCGAGCGCAUCAUCUUCUUCCGCGAUGGCGUCUCUGAUGGCCAGAUACCUCAGGUGCGUGAGUGGGAAAUCGACCAGAUCGUGGGCUCGCUGGAAGUGCUCUUCCCGGGCGUCGAGCACAAGCUGGCCUUUGUCGUGGUCACCAAGCGCAUCUCGACGCGCUUCUUCGCGCAUACGCCCAGCGGGGGCUUCAACAACCCGCCGCCAGGCACCGUCGUCGACUCGGAGGUGACGAGGCCCGAGCGCUACGAUUUCUUUCUGGUCUCUCAAAGCGUGCGUCAGGGCACUGUGUCGCCGACGCACUACAACAUCAUCUACGACACGACGGGCCUCAAGCCGGACCACAUGCAGCGCCUGGCGUACAAGCUGACGCACCUGUACUUUAACUGGCCGGGCACCAUCCGCGUGCCGGCUCCCUGCCAGUACGCCCACAAGCUGGCCUUCCUAGCCGGCCAGUCGUUGCACGGAGAGCACAGCGGCCGGCUCAACGGCACCCUUUUCUACUUGUGA